AGAGAGAGAGAGAGAGAGAGAGAGAGAGAGAGAGAGAGAGAGAGAGAGAGAGAGAGAGAGAGAGAGAGAGAGAAAGUUUGGGAGUUGGGAGGCUUUUGAGAUGGGGGGUGGAGGCUUUACCAUAACAUUUUUAGCCUAAGCAAUCCUCGUGCUUCAGGGAAGAAGUUCAAGAAAGAAAGAAAAAAAAAGCAAUCCCUUCUUUUUUUUUCCUUUUUCUUUCACAUGCAGCGGGGUGGUGUUAUUUGCGAGAGUUUUGAUCAUCACUAUUUAUAGCCCAGCCUGGUCCGAGGCGAAGCCGUUCCCCCCGCUGCUGCUGCAUGUAAGUUUCGCCAACUGCGCGCAACAAGUUGCAGGCACUCCCAGCAAAACACAGGCUGAACAACAACAACAACAAGAAAGAAAGAAAGAAAGAAAGAAAGAAAAGAACUGGGGCAAUGCACGGACAGUUAUAAUUUUUUCUUUCUUUUCCUAGUGCGGAUCAUGCGUCUGUGAAAAGGGGGAAGUAAGGGAGAGGAGGGGGGGGCAGAUCCUGAGACCCUCUGUUUGGGAAAAGCGGAGAGAGAGAGAGAGAGAGAGAGAGAGAGAGAGAGAGAGAGAGAGAGAGGAGGGAAGAAACAGAGGAGAUCCGGAGCUGGGAGUUCAGGAAAGGACGGGGCUGCAUCCGUGGGAAUAGGCCUGGCUGUCAGGGGCCUCCUCUGUGAGUUGGGUGUCCAAAAAAAAAAAAAAAAAACCGAAAAAUUAAUAAUAAUAAUAAUAAUAUAAAAUGGAGGGGGGCUGCUGCAAUACAGAUGGCAGGGGAAUCUUGGGAACGAGACAUGGAAAGCCUUCGCGCACAGCAUUAGAGUGGAAUCAGUGGGAGGUAAUUGCAGCUCGCACACUUUUUAAUGAACUGCUUUAAGACUUUUCAUCCGUUUAAGGUCGCCGUUCUCUUUUGAUAAGCUAUUAUUAUUAUUAUUAUUAUUAUUGCAUUUGUAUUAUUUCUAAUAAGUGCAAUUCUACGUAUUUUUUCCUCUUCUUCGUGGCACCGGUUGCUGCUCGUACAUAUAGUAUUUUACUCGUGGAAACGGAGUAUAAAUAGAGGAGUUAUGCUGGGCGUCACAACAAGGACAGUGCAACCUUCGUAACCAGCUGUUGGCUUCUAUUUUAUGAUUAGUAUUAUUCGUCCAAACAGCCCAGCAAUUGGAAAGCCCAACUUUCUUAAUUGCGCACGUUCGUUCGGUCGUGCGCAUUUGGGAGAGAGGGAGAAAUCUGUUGCGCCGCUGCCCAGAAGGAUGCCGAGUCCGGGAGGAAGAAGACGCGACGAUGAGGAUGUUUGCGCCGCAGCCGUAGAGCUCACCGGACAGCCGCUGUGGAGAGGGAUGCUGACGCAAAGGCAAAGGCUGCAGAAUGGUGUUCUGUGAGCGUCUUCAUGUGAGUGACUGCGCGUAGCCGACUCGUCUGUCACCCCUCCUCCCACCCGUUCAGUGUUCAUUUUCCGACAAAACCGCUUUUUUUUGUUUGUUUGUUUUGUUUUCCUUGUUCUGCCUCCCAAUGUCAGCGUCUGUCCUCCUUCGCCUUCCCUCAUUUGACUCGGCGGCACCAGAGUGAAUUACUGAUAGAUUCAACACCUCAGUGACCGCCUCUCUCCCCCUACAUCUCCCAUCGCCUCAGCACCAGUCAACAUGGCCACUCUGCAACAUCACAGGCAGCUUCUUAUGCACGGCACGGAGGUGAGCUGCGACUCAGCCAGGGGCGAUGGCGCCGUCACAGUGCGGAUUGCCAAUAACUCCACCCGGAUGCAACAGCAACAGCAUCAUGAGCCACUUCGGGUUGCAAAGAGUGAGGGAGGAGGAGGAGGAGGCUCCAGUAAAGCGAAACCUGCCCUCCACAAGUACAGCAUCUCCUCCAGCUGCAGCUCAGCAGACUCCAGACCCAUCAUAACUUACACUCCCAGUGUGCAGAAGAAGGCCCCUCCACUGUUUGAACGCUCUGCCGCCCAGUGCUGGGACCCCAAGUUUGACUCCUCCGUCCUGGAGGACGCCUGCCAGGAAAGGUGCUUUCCACAGAAGCAGAGGCGCUUCCGUUACGUCCUCUUCUACCUGGCAGUGGCUUCUCUACUCUGGGGGGUGUACUUUGGGGUGAACAGUGACCGCUGUCGUCCCCUGACCUUCCUCGCCCCCACCGCCUCCUUUCUGGCCCUGCUGGUGCUUUUAUUUCUGUUCACCUUUACCAAGCCGUACAUGUGGCUGUACAACCAGACGUCCCUGCUGCUAAUAGUCCUUACAUUUGCCAUCACUUUGGCUCCACAGAUGCAAACUGCUACCUAUGACUGGGCUGCCGAAGUGAAUGCAUCUUACACCUCUCUGAACAAAGAGAUUCUGCCUCAGAUGUCCUGCAUCUCUCCCAUUGGCACCUUUUCCCUCUGCAUCGAGGUCCUGUUAUUGGUAUACAGCGUCCUCCAUGUCCGUCUGUAUGCCUCAGUGAUGCUGGGCCUCCUGUACUCUGUCUUAUUUGAGGCUUUAGGAUGGCUGCCGCUGCUUCAGAGGAAUUAUGAAGCUACUGGACAGGUGUCAAGUUUGCAAAACACACUCCUCUGGCUUGGCCCGGGCAAGGGUCUACUCCACCUGUGUGCACACGUCAUUGGCAUUCAUCUUUUCAUCAUGUCCGAGGUGCGAUCCCGCAGCACCUUUCUGAAAGUGGGCCAAGCCAUAAUGCACGGCAAAGACUUGGAGGUGGAGAAGGCCUUGAAGGAAAGGAUGAUCCACUGGGUCAUGCCGAGGCCAGUUGCAGACGAGCUAAUGAAGCAGGGCGACGAUGAGGGCGGCGGCGAGAAUUCUGGGAAGAGAUAUUCGUCCGGCGCCUGCUCUGCCUCGGCCGUGGCAGUAGGAGGCGGAGGGAGCGGAGGAGCUCUCCAAAGCCAAAGUGUUACAAGUUCUAAGAAUAACCCUCAUAGCAAUCACAGACGUAAAAAGACCUCAAUACCAGGAGGGCAGAUAAUAUUCAGACCCUUUAACAUGAAACGCAUGGAGCCUGUCAGCAUCCUCUUCGCCGACAUUGUGGGCUUCACCAAAAUGUCCGCCAACAAGAAGGCGCCUGCCCUGGUGGGUCUCCUCAAUGACCUGUUCGGACGUUUUGACAGACUCUGCGAAUUGACCUGCUGCGAGAAGAUCAGCACUCUGGGAGACUGCUACUACUGCGUCGCAGGGUGCCCCGAGCCCAGACCGGACCACGCAUACUGCUGCGUCGAGAUGGGAUUGGGCAUGAUCCAGGCCAUCGAGCAGUUCUGCCAGGAGACGUGUGAGACUGUCAACAUGCGGGUCGGUGUCCACACGGGCACCGUGCUGUGCGGGAUCCUGGGAAUGAAAAGGUUCAAGUUUGAUGUGUGGUCCAAUGACGUUAAUCUGGCGAACUUGAUGGAGCAGCUGGGCAUGGCGGGGAAGGUUCAUCUGUCCGAAGCUACUGCCCGGUUCCUGGACGACCGCUACCAGAGGGAGGACGGGCAGGUGGCCGAGAGAGCAGGGCAGAGUGCAAUCGAGAAACUGAAAGGAAUGAAAACAUACCUGAUCUCAGGAAGGAAGCCAGAUCAUGAUGUGCAGCUUGGCUGCUCUCAGGUGGAGCUGCCUGGUGGGGAGUUCGUGGGGGUCAACGUGCCCUCCUGCCCUCAGCCUCGUACACCGGACCUCAUCCACGGAGCGGCACAGGCUGCCGAGUCCCUUCUGCCUCACAAACCAUCGGACAGAACCGUGCCUCCCUGUGUUUUCCAUGGCACCGUGCGCUCGUCCAUGGCAGAGCAGGCCGAUGAUGUGGCUGUUGUGAACGGCUGCCAGGAGGAACACAAGGCCAGCGUUGCCAAGUUCCUGCCAGGCCACAGCCCGAAAGCGGUCAACGGUCUCUUGAGCCCCCCGCUGGAGGACGCCGCCGCGCGCACCAGCCAGAGCUCCUUGUGCGACAUACUCCAGGAGAAAGAGAAGAAGACCAGCACCAGCACGGGGACCGGCACAAGCCUCGGCAUGGCGGCGGCGGUGGCGGCGGCAGGCACAGGCAUGGAUCACUCCGCCCUCAUCCAGCUGCGUGCCAAGAACUUCAAACGGAAAAGCGACGCCCACUUCGUGGACGUUAUCAGGGAGGACAGUCUGAUGAAGGACUACUUUUUCAAGCCGCCCAUCAACAAGAUCAGUUUGAACUUUCUGGAGAGACCUCUGGAGAAGGCGUAUCGCAGCAGCUACAAAGAAGAGGUGAAGAACCAGGUUCCGGUGCAGACGUUUGCCAGCCCCACUUUCAGCUCCUUCCUGGACGUUCUCCUCAGCUGCUUCGUCUUCCUGGCCUUGACCGUGGCCUGCUUCCUUCCGUCUCUGGUCGACCCGGCCACGGCGGGCCCCCCGGCGCUCGCUGCCCUGAUCCUGGCUCCUCUGGCUGGGUUGCUGGAGCUGGCCUCGCUGGUGUUCUCCGUACGCAUGACCUUCUACCUGGAGGAGCUGAGGAGAUGCACUCGCUCGCUGGCCUUGCUGGUGUCCGGCUGGGUCUCUCGACAUCUGAUUGGUGCGGCGUUGGUCUCCCUUCCCGCCGUCUCCGUCUUGUCCCACGUCAGCGUCCGCCUUCCCCUGCAGGUGACCAUGUUCCUGUGCUGUGCCACCAUCUUGGCCAUAAUUCAGUACUGUAACUUCUGUCAGCUGAGUUUUUGGAUGAGGUCCGUCUUCGCCACCAUCACCGGACUCGCUCUCCUGCUGAUGCUGUACAGUCCUGUUCACAGCUCAAGUAAUAACGCCGUGCCAGUUCAUGGGCUGAACGUCUCCACCUCCAGCGAUGGUGUGUCUGAGUUGAGCCCAGACACGUCGACGCUCUCUGACUUCCUGGUCACGGAGGCGGUCCUAGCCUUCUUCCUGCUUCUCCUUCUGGUCUGGUUUCUCAACCGUGAGUCCGAAGUCAGCUACCGCCUUCAUUACCAUGGCAACGUGGAGGCUGACAAGCACCGCUCCAAAAUCCAGACGAUGCGAGACCAGGCUGAGUGGCUGCUGGGCAACAUCAUCCCCAUCCAUGUCGCCGACCAGCUCAAGGAGACCCAGAGCUACUCCAAGAACCACGACAGCGUGGGGGUGAUCUUUGCCAGCAUUGUCAACUUCAGCGAGUUCUACGAAGAGAGCUACGAGGGCGGGAAGGAGUGCUACCGCGUCCUGAACGAGCUGAUCGGAGACUUCGACGAGCUCCUCCGCAAGCCCGAGUUCAGAAGCGUGGAGAAAAUCAAGACCAUCGGCUCCACCUACAUGGCGGCGUCGGGGCUCAACGUCCAGCAGACGGGGGACGACGAAGACGAGUCUCCCCACGCACACCUGAGGGCGCUUUUCGACUUCGCCCUGGAGAUGAUGGGUGUCCUGGAUGACUUCAACAAGAAUAUGCUGGGCUUCGGUUUCAAGCUGCGCAUCGGGUUCAACCACGGGCCCCUGACGGCGGGAGUGAUCGGCACGACCAAGCUGCUCUAUGACAUCUGGGGGGACACGGUCAACAUCGCCAGCCGGAUGGACUCGACAGGCGUGGAGUGUCGGGUGCAGGUUAGCGAGGAGAGCCACGCUGUCCUCAGCGCCAUGGGCUUGGAGUUCGACUACAGGGGGACAGUCAAUGUCAAGGGCAAAGGGCAAAUGAGGACUUUUCUCUACCCGAAAAGCGGGGAGAGCUUUUGCCAGGACCAAACGGAGCCGGCAGCAGGAGCUGGACUGACGAUAUUAACUUCUUGUAAGACUUCCUCCUCUCUUCCCAGUCAGUGCCCUCCGCCCCAAAGCACUGUAAGGGCUGCAGGAGCAAAAUCCGAGCCCAACCCAACGACGAGCGUAGAAGCCAGGGAUGAAGGCUAUAGGGACUUAGCACACAUCCCUGAGGAGUCCCCCGAUAGAGACUUCAGCAGCCUUGCACGCUCUGAGCCAGGCCCAGCCACACAGACAGAUCCCGCUCCUCUCCCGCUUCAGGAGGAGGAAGAGGCGAACGAGCUGACAAAACUCAACGAGGAGUUUUACGCUCGCCUCUGAUCGUAGAUCCCGCUAUUCUUCCGUCGUCUUCUCCCCCGCUUCCACCUCUUUAGGACCGAUUACAGACGCCAGCAAGGACGUCUCUUCCCUUCCCUCUCUGGCAUGGAGGAAGCAGCGGAUCGUUUCAACGCCGCGGCUUUUGCGGCUUGAAAACGGGGCCGCCGAAGACCUUCAGUGGGAGCGUUGCCCGAGCGCUGUGACGGUGGAUUUUUGAGCUGUGCUGAGCACAGCGACUUAUCAUGAUGAAAAGCAUGAAGAAAGAGGAAAAAGAAACAUUUUCAAAGUGUUAUGUCUUUUCUUAAUAUUUUUAUCAAGUGCCUUCAGGACUAGAACAGUGAACGAACAAAUAUGAAAAGUGAACAAGAAUUGAACAACCUAGACUACAGAUCAUACUGUAGUUUCUUAUGUCAUCCUUUAUUUUUGAAUGCAAGUAUUGUUUCACUUUUGUUUGUUUUUUUUUUUUUAUAAAUCAUUACCGUUGUGCCAUAUCAAUCGCUAAGGGAAAGUCAUUUUAGUUUUUAUGUAAGUGCCAACGCCGUGUUAUGGGCUUAUUGGGAAAUUAGGGAAAAUUGAGGGAAUUACACAAAGCAGUGUUAAUAUUAAGUAUACUGCUUUGACAUACGGGCCUAAAUACAGUAUUCAUUUAUGCCCAGAGAUUCACUUAUAAGAAGAUAUGCUGCAAAAGCAGGCUGCUUUGAUUUUUGAUUUUUUUUUUUUUUUAGCUUGUGUAGCAACGUGAUGAACAUUUUAAGCACAGUUCUUGCACAGUGUUUUUGUUUUAUUUUUACCACUUGUUGUAUUUAGCAGUUUUUACAGCUUGAUUGCUUCUUUGAGACGUUGGGGAAAGAUCUUACAGUAAAAGCACAAAAGCUUAGACACAUAAGGGAAAAUAGAUCUGAACAAGAUGCGUUUCUGAAGCAGGGACGCCAUCAGUGAGCAGGAAGGCAAUCUAAGCACCUACAGUGCCUUGCAAAAGUAUUCAUGCAUCUUGAGCUUUGUUGCAUUUUGUCAUUUUCCAGUUUCCUCAAUGUCUGUUAUUGGGAUUUUAUGCAAUAGAUCAAUACGAAGUAAAAUUAGAACAAAUAUCGAUGAGAAUGAUUGAAUGAAAUCUGAAAAGUGUGCCGGUCAUUUCUUGUCAGCCCUCCCAAGUUAAUCCCUCGUAGAACCAACCUUUGGGUGCAAGUCUCUACUUCCUUAAUACAUCUCAAGACUUAAAUAUUCUUCUUUGCAAAAACGACAUCAGCUCAGUCACACUGAGAGCUUUAGGGAAAAAAAGGCAGUUCUAAACUCUUACCCUGAUUCCAAGUUACAUUUUCUCUUUAUUUCCGUCAUUAUGACAUGAACUCGCUUUGGCCCAGACAGGCCCUUUGUAGUUCUGUCAUGCUGAAAGGUGAACCUUCAGUCUUUGUAAACUCCCAACAAGUUUUUCUUCCAAGAUUUGGAGCUGCUCGCUCCAUCCUGAAGAAAAACAUUCCCACAGCAUGAUGCCACAGCCACUGUGUUUCAUCAUGUUGAUUAUGUUAUCCAGGUUGAUGUGUAGUGUUGUUUUUAUUUUUAUUUUAUUUUCAGCCACGAGGCGUUUUGAAUGUAGACCGAAAAGUUCCGAUUUGAGUAUCCGUGGUGAACAACAUAGUCAAGGCAGUAAUUAAGCCAAAACUUUACAAAAGAUGUAUACAUUUUGCGUUCAUGAUUUUAAAAAAGGAGUUUUUUUUCCAUCAGUCAAUAUACUCUACCCAGAACUUAUGAAGUAGCACAGCAUUAGCUUCAUUUUACUCAAAUCCUGUAAAACACAAAAAAUUAUAAAUAAAAUCUCCUAUUAAGUACCUUUUUCUAUCCAAUUAUUGAUUGGUUAAUCUGAAAAAAUAAUCAACGAACUAGCCCUACACCUAAUUGAUCAAGUCAGUCUGAGUUUUUUCACAUGUUGAUGAUAGGAGUAUUUUUUUAGCUUUGCUACAAAUGAUCAAUCAGUCACUAUGAGAAUGCUAUGUUGUUGCAUUUAAGGCAAUAAAAUGUUUAUUUUCAUAUUGGAAAAAAAAAAAGGAAUUCAAUUAUUUAUCUGUGCUUUUAAUGCAUUUCCAGUAUUGUUUGAAGUAAGUGUAAAUAGUUUUAACUCUGCAGAAUUCGCCCAUUUUCUUUGUCUGACUAAACAUCAGGAUCAUGGAUACAAUAAACAAUGACCAAAAUAAUUGUUAGCUGCAGGCCUAUCCUCAUCUCAUCAAGGCGAAAGGGUGCACACACCUGUUAAUUCUCCACCAAUUUGUGCUGGUCUGUCGCAUGAAAUCCCACGCUUCGCUUCAGCACAUCGAGGUUUCUGCUUGUGACGUGACAUGUGAAAAAGCUCCACGACUAUUGAGGACUUCUGGAGCGUACUGCCAAGUGAAACCAUGAUCUGCUUUUCGAGGAUGCACAGGGGAGCAAAUUCGAAAACAAAUGUUUUCAGCUUGCUGGAAGCUUGUCUGCAAGUGAGGAUACUUCUAUUCUGUAUAGUUAGCUGAAUUUGAGUUCAGCCCUUCAACAGCAAGCUGCUGAAGGGCUGGGACAUUUCACAGCUUCUUCCCUGGGGAAGGAGCCCUCUACUGUAUCGAUAUUGUGCCACUUUAAUGGAGUGAUCUGUAAGUGAAGUGCAACAAUACCUAGUUGAUUGAUUUGUGGUGCCUAAACUUAUGGCUGUUUUUUUUUAGUACACUUUUUUUGUUUGUUUGUUUUUUAAAUGAUGCAUUUUUCAAAAGGACAAUUUGAUUAUGAUUGUAUGUUUUAAGAAAAUCGAGCUCCCACAACGUUUGCUGCAAGUUGGAGUUGACAGAUUCCUUGCGGUUGAAAUCCGACAGGGUUUCACAUCGAAUCACUGCCACAGUUUGCUCUUUUGCCCUUUCACUUCCCCCUCAUGUUCGGUCUCUUCUCCUCAAAGCACAUAUCUCUCUCUUGUAGUGUGCGUGCGUGCGUGUGUGUGAGUGUGUGUGUGUGUGUGUGUGUGUGUGUGUGCGUGUGUGUGUGUGUGUGUGUGUGUGUGUGUGUGUGUGUGUACUAUGAGAAACUUUUACCUAAAGUAAAUCAGAGAAAAGAUACAAAAGGAAAUCCUUGAGAUUAGCCGAUCUUCAGUGUUUCAUUUCUUUGCUGCUGCUGCCUCCUCGUUUGUACAUGAGUGACAUUAUUUACAUUUCGCUGUCAGAGCCGGGCUGGGAGGGGGGCGGGGCAGGUGUUGUCAUUUCAGAAAAAAACGUAAAAGGGAAAAUCUUCUCUAUUCUCAGUAUAUGCCAGGAGUAUUUAUAUCGCCUAGACGUUUUCACAUUGUAUCUCAUUACAACCAUGGACUUGAGUGUACUUUAUCUGGGACUGUAUGGGAACAAUUUUCAAGUCUUUCCACAGAUUCUUCAUUGGAUUCAGGUCUGGACUUUGACUGGGCCAUCCCAAUGUGCUUUUUAGCUCUGGUUGUUAGUUUUUGGGUUAUUGUCCAGCUGGAAGAUGAACCGUCGCACCGGUUUCAAGCGUUUUGCCUAACGCUGCUUUUAACUUCUCAGCAUUUUCCCUCAACCUGUCUGCUGUGUUUUUUUGUUUCUUAGUCAUUGUGUGACUGUUUCUUCACUAAUGUUCUCUGACAGCUGGAUUUAUAUUGAGAUUAAACUGCACUCAGAUAGACUUAUUUUAUUAUUGAGUUACUUCUGAAUGCAAGAGUGAGGUGCAGUAUGUAACUUUUUUGAACAGUAUUUUUGUUUUUUUACCCAUUUAACAUAUUUGUUAAAAUUACAACCAUGUUGUGUUGUUACUCAACUCGUGUACACGCUGCUAAAUGUGCGUUCAUUCAGUACAUCAGCACAUUUAGCACCGUUGAAGGGAAAUAGCUCAUUGACCAUUUCUGAUGGCUGUGCUAACUGGCCUGAGCAUUCACAACAAGCUUCUGUGUGGAGGAAUGCAACAGAGAGCUUGAACUGGGUAUACACAAGGAUGAUUGACAGUGCUAAGACCCAACCCCUGGCUCUGAUUGAUUGUUUCUGCAGAGGACAAUUGGACCACAAGCAGGAGGCAGUGGAGCUUGAUUUAUUUAUUUUUUUUUUCACGUAUUACCAUCAAAGCAUAGUGACAGUUUUAAUAAAUAUGUGUAAGGCAUAUUGUUUUUAAAAGUUACACACUGCAACUUUAAAGGCUUAUCUAAAAAUUAAAGAAAAUAAAACCACAUACCAUUUUCUGCCCACUUCACAGUUAUGUACUAUGUUGUAUAAAGUCCAGAUGAAAGUACAUCAAAGCAUGUGGUUGUAAUGUGACAAUAUUAAAAAUGCUCAAUGGCUGUGAAUACUUUCUUGAGCCACCGUAUCCAUCUGCCUCAUCUGUAGCAUAGAAAAACGUUUGGUUACCUCUGCCACUGGUCAUCCAGCGCAUACACAAUCAGUGCCUUUUGUUUUUUUUAGUGGGAGUCUUUUUUAUUUCUUAAAUUGUUUUGUGUGUGAGGUGUGGUUAUAGUGUCAAAUGAUUUCACCCUACUUGCAUUAACACCAUGAGAAUCCAAAGAAGCAUCUUCAGCCGACGUCACAGUAGCUGGAGACAAAAAAAUAUUUAUGAGACUUCAGUCAUAAGCUCUCAAAUUUUUUAUUUUUUACACCUGUGAUUCAUAUGCCCAGAUCGCUCGCUUUCGAUGAGCCACAGCGCGCACACAAAAAAAGUUGAACAAAACACUAGAUCUUUUUGUGAAGGAAGGUUUCACACACAUACGCACACAUUUUCUUGACGACCUUUAUGCCUUAUGUUGUUAAGUGAUCCUGUGUGAGUUUUAGGCCAUGGCAGCACAGCAUACAAAGAAACAAAAAAAAAAAAAGAGAGAUUUCACAAGUUGACAAGUGCACCACCUUUCCAGUAGCACACAUCUGUAUACAGCCACAAAUAAAACAUUACAUUGAAAA